UGCAUUGUGGGUAGGGCGGAAGUUGGUGCUCGUGAGAAAAAUGGCUGCCACCCAGUGUUUCCAAUUACCAUACAGUUGAUAUCACCUUGUACCAUAUGGCAGGUGACCAAGGGAAUAGUUCCCUGCCUUUGGAUUGGGAGAUCCUUUUACCUGCAGGACCAGCCCUUGCUAACCAUGCAGGCUGCAUUAUUAACAACACAUUCUACAUCCAUGGUGGGAUCACUCAACACCGAAGCAUCUUUCCUUCAAACAAAUUCUUCCGAUUAAACCUGAGCACAAUGAUUUGGAAUGAAGUUCGUGUGCCGGGCUCACCCCAGCUUAGCCACCAUGCAUGUGUUCCUUUAGAUGACAGAUAUAUGGUAUUGAUUGGAGGCUGGGAUGGACAGAAGAGGGGGUCUAGUGUGUUUAUAUUUGAUACUGUGGACCAGAAUUGGUUAUAUCCGACUGAUUCUGGUUUUGCUGAAGGAGCUGGGUUGAGUUCACAUGCCAGUACAUUACUUGGUAGCGGGGACAUUCUAGUUGUGGGGAGGGAAGGUUGUCUACGCACAGUGGAGAAACACGGGAAUGCAUACAUUCUCACCCCAGACUUGGAUAAGAUGGAAUUUACCUACACAAAGAUUGCGGAUGACAGUAUAUCAAGGUCCGGACAUACAGUUAAUGUUGUUGGAAACUGUGUGUAUAUUCUUGGGGGGCGUGAAGAUGACUUCAUUGAAUCUCAUAAAGGUUUUUCAUCAGCAGAACCCAUCGGGGAACUUAACUCAAAAUUUAUGAAUGUUCUGCAGCCACAAUACUUACCACCUUUGUUAAGGCUUCCUAAAGGUAGAAGAAAUCAUGUCUCCAUUGUUGGAAAAGGCUGUAUUCUGACUCACGGUGGUGAAACAUUUGACGGAAGAUCAAGGACUGCAGUUGGUGACAUGAUUCUUAUGACAGUUAAGCCGGAGGUUACAUUUUACAAUGUUGGGACAAGUACUGUUACGAGGGCCUCCCACGUUUGUGUGAACACUGGAGACAGAGUGAUUUUUCAUGGAGGGAUCGGCUGGAAAAAUGUGGUCUAUGGAGAUUGCUAUGAGCUUAAAACACAACUGUAAAGCCUUUCUUAAAAAAAAAUCUCAUUUUGCAUUUACCCGGUAAAGAUUUUGUAGCGGGUCUGGAAGAUUCUGAAACAUCAAAAUCAAAUUGAAUUGAAUUCAUCAAAACACUAAACAAGAUAACACAUUUAACACAUUUUCCUUAGUCUAGAAUUCAUAUAACAUUCAAGUUAGGACAUUUUCAGUAAGUAAGUCCAGCCUCAGUACGCAAAUGAUCAUUUUCGAAUGGACUUAUGGUAAUCAGUAAUGUGUAUGAAAUUCUGUUUUUAAGCUUUGUAAUCGAAAAAUAAUCUGUUUUAUUCUGGUUGCUUAGAUUCUUUUUUUAUGAAGUAUCAGAGUUUUAGCUUGUUUUAUAAUACUUUGUGUGGGAACAGGGCUUCUGAGUUUUUACAUGUAUGUAGCAAAAUUACAUUUUGAUCCUGUUUAGGUUUUACAUAAUUUUCCUACAGCAAUUUUUAUAUUGCCUUAUAUUGCUGUAGUUAUACCGGAUUUAUUUAUUAUAAAUGAUUACAUAUGUAUGUAUGUAUGUGAUAACUAUUUGUACAUUGUUUUGUUAAAAUUUUAAUAAGAAAGGCGUGAAGAGAAAUGCUUUUAUUCUGCAAAUGUUUUUUAAUAUUCUUAAAAUGUUUUGUAAGUAUUAUAUACUCAUAAUGUUGUGUAAGUAUUUAACGUUUUACAAUCAUGAACAACGUAAGACGAUACUAAUCACAAAAUUAGAAAUUUGAAGAGGAUCAAUAGGAUAUCAUUUUCACUGUUAAAACUGCCAAAUAAAUGUGUUCAUUAAUUGCUUUCUACCGUCAAUUAAUGCCAAUACAUGUAUUUAAGUAUCUUUUUUCUAACCUUCACUUAAAAAUUUGUUUCAAAAAUGCAAAAUUUUGUUUCAUUACAUAUUGUAAAAAUGUAGAUGGACUGCUUUAAUAUAUCCAGACAGGGGGAUGGGUGGUCCUCCAAUAUUUGUUACUGACCAAUAGAUUUUGGUAGCAUUGAUGGAUAUUGAUGAAACUUAGUGUGCAGGUAGCUUAUAUGAAGAGCUAGCUUCGGAUUGCUUUUGAGGGGACUGGGGUCAAGGUCAAGGUUAUUAUAGGUAAAGAAAAAUGGUUUCAACCAAUAACUUGUGUAGGUAGCUUAUGGGAAGAGCUAGCAUGGGAUUGCUUUUUAGGUUGGUGGAGUCAAGGCUAAUGUUCAGGUUAAGGUUUUUAAAGUAGAAAAAUGGUUUCCAACCAAUAACUUUAGAUAGGAUAGAUGGAUAGUGAAUAAACUUGUUGUCUAGUUAGCCUAUGUGAAGAGCUAGCAUGGAAUUGCUUUUGAGGGGUGGGGGGUCAAGGCCACUGUUGCUCAAAACAGAAAAAUGGUUUCAGCCGAAUAGCUUUAGUUAGGAUUGAUGGGAAAUGAUGAAACUUGGUCUGUAUGAAGCUUAUGUGAAUAGCUUGCUUGGGAUUGCUUUCUAGGGGAGUAGGGUAAAGGUCAAGGUCAUUUUCAGCUGUGUCUCUUUCAUAAUAGUAAAAAGAAAGGCUACUGCUUUUUUCUAACUCAUUGAUGAAAUCGAAAGGCUAUAAUUUCUAAUUACCCAUAUGAAAAACAUGCUUUUGUCGCAUUUCGGAAAUUCUAGUUAUUAUUGGUAUGCAGACACUAAGAUAUUGCUUGAUUUUAAGUCAUUAACAUGAAAUCUGCUUAACAUGUUACACUGCUAGUGUGUAUAUGUGCAGGAAGUUCCAUUACUCUGGAUUAAAUGUUAUGUUUUUUAUGUCCCUUGAUUGAGUAAGAAAAAAACAACAGACAAGUGUAGCGUCUGCUAUUGGUGCUCAUUUUAUAUUUUUGUCACUGGUUGUUAAAUGGUUUAACUUGACUUUUAAACCUUUCUCUAAUUUCAUGUUUUUCAGAUUUUUGUCCUUUGUUUAUUUUGCCAAUUUAGAUUGUAACAUUUGCCAGUCUUUUUUUUGCUUUUGUAACAAUUAGAUGUUAUCUUUUUGGAAUAUUUACAUUAACAGUUUGCCAAUUAUUUAUGUAAACUUGUUGUAGAAUUUCUUAAUAAAAGAUACAUUACUGUU